AUGCGAUCGCUCAUCCUUCUUGCUGCAUUCUUGAUCGUUAACACUCUUGGAGCACCCGUAUUUUCGCCCAGAGAACCAUAUAUUGCUAUUCUGAAAUCUCGGUUCUCGAACGAACCACUCUCCAACAACCUCCAACUUGGUCGAGUCGCACGUUCCUACGAAUCAUUGCUGGAUGAUGCAUAUGAUGCUCGUCCAUUUGCACUCGAUGUCCAUUCGGUGAAUACAGACGCUGAUUACAAGGUUGCUGCUCAUCACUUUGCAAAUGCCAUGUUGCGUUUGUGUGUACAGAGGCCAGCCAUUCCAAACGCAGCACUACAUGGAUUCACCUUCACAGCUACACCACAAGAAGCUGCACGAAUAGCUGCACAUGAAUAUGUAUCGUAUGUUGAACGUGACCAAAUCAUGACGAUCAAUCAAAACCACCCAGGAUACACAUUCAAGCAACCAAAUCCUCCUUCUUGGGGUUUGGAUCGUAUCGAUCAAAGACGACAGGAAGAUGACCAAGUAUAUGAAUAUCCACAAACAGCUGGCGCAAGUGUGACGGUCUAUGUCAUUGACACUGGAAUUCAAGUAAAUAGCUCUGAAUUCACUGGUAGCAAUGGAACUAGAGCUUUUUGGGGAUCCAAUGUACUGAAUGAUUCAGAUUCAGCAAAUAACACUGACGACAAUGGUCAUGGAACAUUCGUGUCUGCCAUUGUUGGAAGCAACACAUACGGUGUUGCGAAGAAUGUUACUUUGAUUGCAGUCAAAGCACUAAAUGCAGAAGGAUCUGGAACAUCAAGUGGUCUGAUUCGUGGGUUGGAAUUUGUUCUUGGUGCUUGGAACUCCUCUCGAAAUGCCAGCAUCCCAGUAGUGGUGGCAGCUGGGAAUAGUGCGCAAGACGCUUGUCAAUACUCUCCAGCAGGUGCUGUUGCCGCCGUUACUUGUGGAGGUACUGACAAAGCGGAUCGUAUAUCCACAUUCAGCAAUUUUGGAUCUUGUGUUGAUAUCUUUGCACCAGCUACCAAUGUCACGUCUUUGGGACUUGAUGGUCGCCCAAAAACUGCAUCAGGCACAUCGUUCGCUUCACCUUACACCACAGGAAGUCUUGCAUUGUAUUGGAGUGUAAAUACGUCACUCCCUAUGACAGAUCUGCUGAAUUCGUUUGGAACCAGGAGCACUCCAAACGUGGUGCAAGGAAUCAACUUCUUCUCCAACACACCAAACAGGUUUAUAUAUAGUCUGCCUCCAAUUGUAGACAGAACAGAUCCAUGA